UCCGGCGCCCGCGGGGCUCCCGGCACCCGCGGCGCCUGUUUCCGCCGGGCGGCGAGAACGCAGGACCAGCUUCCGGGAGGCGCUCCGCACGUUCGCCGUGCUCCGCCGGGAAGAUGGGGAAAGUGAGGGGUUUGCGCGCCCGAGUGCACCAGGCUGCCGUGAGGCCGAAAGGGGAGGCCGCCCCCGGCCCCGCGCCCCCUGCCCCGGAGGCGACCCCUCCGCCGGCCUCGGCCGCGGGGAAGGACUGGGCGUUCAUCAACACCAACAUCUUUGCCAGGACCAAGAUAGACCCCAGCGCCUUGGUUCAGAAGCUGGAGCUGGACGUGAGGAGCGUCACUUCCGUCAGGAGAGGUGCAGAGGCCAAGACCGUUUUGCCCAAGAAGGAGAAAAUGAAGCUGAGGCGUGAGCAAUGGUUACAGAAAAUCGAAGCCAUAAAACUGGCUGAGCAGAAGCACAGGGAGGAGCGGAGGCGGAGGGCCACGGUGGUGGUGGGGGACCUGCACCCUCUCAGGGAUGCCCUGCCCGAGCUGCUGGGGCUCGAGGCUGGCAGCCGGCGCCAGGCCCGCAGAAAGCAGGGGCUGUGUGCAGUGUCAAACCUGGGGUCCAUCCUUUCAUGGCCUAGCUGCCCAGGCUUGAGGGUGGCAGGUCACGCGCUGCAGGCCCAGUCAGCUCCAGGCUGGCAUCCCGCGGCGGAGGCACCAGAGCACUGGGUCCAGAAUAGGAGCGGCCGCCCGGAGUGGAGAUGUGACAACCGAACAUUCCUGGUUCUUGGACAAAAAUGUGACCCUGGUCAAGAUCCGUCCAGGAUCCCACGUGACAUUCAGAUGUCACGGCUCCCUCGGCCCCUCUUGGCUCAGGGAGAGCAACAAGCCCCGGCCCUCAGAGCUCAGCCGGAUGAGCGCAGCCCAGAGACAGCAGCUUCUCGAGGAAGAAAGGACCCGGUUUCAGGAGCUGCUGGCCAGUCCAGCCUACAGAGCCAGCCCCCUGGUGGCCAUCGGGCAGACGCUGGCCCGGCAGAUGCAGCUGGAAGAUGGCGGCCAGCUCUGACCAGGGCAGCGGGCAUGCCACAACUCCUCAGGACACGUGUGGGCCAAGUAGAGAGCGCCGGCCCCUCAAGGACCAUGGCCUGAGCCUGGUGGACGCCCUUCCCUCUGGUCGGUUGUGGGGCUCAAUAAAUGGCUCUGUGAACUUCCCCUGCACUGCCAGGGCCGUUCCCAUGAGCUGCUUCCCUGAUUCACAGGGCUGGGCACACCCUGGGACAGCUGCCCCUGCUCUCCUCAGGACAACAAGCCACAUCUCUCCACUGGGGGCCCCAGUCCCCACGCAGUCAGGGUGGACCGUGCACUGGGUUUGUGGGGACUGCAGUUGUGGAGGCCCCAAGUCCGUCCCUGAGCAGGCACUGGUGCCCCCAAGAUAGUCUGCUGGCUGUGUUGGGAAGGAAUUGUGCCUGGGUGUGGCCCCACCUGUGCCACCGGCCGCCCUGAUUUGCUUCAGCCUCGGUUCUUGCUGCGGCCCUGGUGGGAUCCAGGAGCACUGAGGCCUGCAGGGGCUGCCGUGGGGGCUGGCUCAGGGCCUUCCCCACCUGGGGUUCUGUUUCCCUUCCAGUCUCCCCUGCCACCCUCAGUGACCAGGGACACAGAUGGCCCUGGCAAGGCCCCCGGCCUGCUCCUCGCCUGUUGUCUGCACCCCGUGGGCUGCACCCCCCCACCCCACCCAUUGCCCUCACCCUACCCAGCUGCUCCACACCCAGGCAGCCCACUGCCUUGCUCUGGGGGCGGAGAGCAGAGGGUCCUUCUGCAGGGAGGAGACGCGGAGUGGGCCCAGCCCUGAAGCUCUUGCUGACCCGGAAGUGAGAGAGGUCCUCCUUUGUUGCUGGAAGCCCUGGGAUUUGGGGGUUGGUUUUUGGACUGUGAAUCAGUGACUGAUCAGUCCUUCUUUUCAGGUUGUGGAAAGCAAGGGGGUGGUGCGUCCCCAGGCCCCUGAGGCCCAGCUUGGCUCCCCCUGCCCGAGCUCCCCCCGUCCCAGGGCCCUGCAGGGCCUCGCUGGCCCAUGUCCUGCAGCGGGGCUGGGCAGGCUGGAUGUGGUGGUGUACCCCACUCAGAGUGUCUGGGAAGUGCAGAGCAGGACCACUCUCAGCUCCCAGGUGGGGGCCCAGCACCCUGAGCCUUCCCAGGCUGCCUGGAGUGGGGGUGGUCCCAGGGACUCCGGAGCCUCCUGGCUCCAGGGCAUGUGGGUGGCCCCUAUGCACAGCCCCUCUUGUUGUGAGCCCCCAUGGUCCGACCUCCUCUGGCCCUGCUGCCUGCUUAGGGUUCAUAGCCCCAGCAGCCCCGCCAAGGCUGCCUGGUGAGUGGGUGGCCGAGGCGAGUUGGAGCCUGUGUCCCUUCUGUUCAGUGUCCUGGCCCUUCCCUGACACGAGCAGACACGGCAUCCACAGAGACAGCCCGGACACCCUCCAAGGCCCCGGCCGAUGGGACAGACGGGCGUACAGGAGCCAUAGGCAGCAGAUCCCAUGCUCCCUCGGCCGGGGCUGGCUUGGCUGCCCAGCCCCAGCUCCUUAGAGAACGGGCUUCUCGCUUCAGAGGAGCUGCUCACAAACCAGUGCUCGCGACAAAACCAUUCCUGUGGUGGAGCGCAUGUGGAGCGAGUGUGGGGUGAGUGUGGAGGCGUGUGGGGCGCGUGUGGAGCGAGUGUGGAGUGCGUGUGGAGCGCGUGUUGGGCGCGUGUUGAGCGAGUGUUGAGUGCGUGUGGGGCGCGUGUUGAGCGAGUGUUGAGUGCGUGUGGGGCACGUGUUGAGCGAGUGUUGAGUGCGUGUGGGGCGCAUGUGGAGCGCCUGUGGAGCGUGUGUCAAGCGCGUGUCGGGAACAGCGUCCGGGAUGCACAGAGCACAGCGCGGUGGGGAGGCGGCGGGGGCGGCUUCCACUUCCUCCAGCAUCCCAAUCCCACGGUCUGGGUUUCUUGUGAGAAACCUGGCCGGGCGCAGUGGUGCACACCUGUAGUCCCAGCACUUGGGGAGGCCAAGGCAGGCGUAUCACUUGAGGCCAGGAGUUCAAGACCAGCCAACAUAGUGAGACCCCAUCUUGACAAAAUACAAAAAUUAGCCGGGCGUGGUGGUGCGUGCCUGUAGUCAGCUACUAGGGAGGCUGAGGUGGGAGGAUUGCUUGAGCCUAGGAGGCCGUGGCUAUAGUGAGUCAAGAUUGCGCCACGGCACUCCCACCUGGGUGACAGGGUGAUCCUGUCUCUAAAAAUUAAAAAUGUAAAAAUG